AUGGCCGAGCCAGUUGCUCUGCCUACGACUACAGACUGUGUCAACGGCGAGGAAAAGAAAGAAGUCAAGCUCGAGGACCUCUUUGGAGAUGUCGACUCAGACGACGAGUUCCCCAGCUUGCGACCGAAACAACAAACCCCACAGAGCAGCUCCUCCGAUGCGCCGUCUUCACCAACAGAAAUUGGUCCUAUAGGAAAGGCGUCAGAUCCCGAAGUAUUGCGCAUGUUCUACCAGCGCCUCUUUCCCUGGCGACACCUAUUCCAGUGGCUGAACCAUGCCCCGACACCUACCAACGACUUCGCCCACCGCGAGUUCGCCCUUACACUAAGAAGUGACGCGUACUUGCGAUACCGAUCCUUCCCAACCUCCGACCUCCUGCGAAAAGAAAUAUUGCAGCUUCUCCCGGUCCGUUUCGAAAUCGGGCCUGUCUACACAACCAACCCGCGCGACCGAAAGCAGAUGAAGAACAGCUCCGCCUUCAAGCCUCUGGCCAAGGAGCUGUGCUUCGAUAUUGAUUUGACAGAUUAUGACGAUAUCCGAACGUGCUGUGAUCAGGCAAAUAUCUGUAUCAAAUGCUGGAGUUUCAUGACGAUGGCUAUCAAGGUUAUCGACGUGGCGCUACGAGAAGACUUUGGGUUCAAGCAUAUCAUGUGGGUAUACUCCGGACGACGAGGUGCACACGCGUGGGUCUGUGACAAGAAGACGCGGGCGAUGGAUGAUCAAAAGAGGCGGGCGAUUGCUGGGUAUCUUGAGGUGGUGCGAGGAGGUGCACAAGGUGGAAAGAAGGUCAACGUUAGGAGGCCGUUGCACCCACAUCUAAGUCGCUCCCUCGAUAUCUUAGCCCCUCAUUUCCAGAGCGACAUUCUCUCUAUCCAAGAUCCCUGGGCUCUUGACGACCGCUCCGAACAUCUACUCUCCCUCCUCCCCGAUUCCGGUCUCAAUGCAUCACUUCGCGCAAAAUGGAACUCUUCCCCUGGCCGCGCAUCGGCUCAGAAAUGGGCCGACAUCGAUGCCCUCGCUAAGUCAGGAGCAUCCAAAUCCCUAGACGCCAAGGCUCUGCUUGAAGCCAAGCAAGAUAUCGUACUCGAGUACACCUACCCUCGUCUCGAUAUUGAAGUCUCCAAGAAGCUCAACCAUUUGCUCAAAAGUCCCUUUGUGGUUCACCCGGGGACGGGAAGGGUCUGUGUGCCCAUUGAUACGCGAAAACUGGAGAAUUUCGACCCAUUGGCUGUGCCCACCGUCCAACAGCUGCUGAGUGAGAUCGAUGAGUGGAAGGGAGAGGAAGGAAAGGGAAUGCAGGAUUGGGAGAAGACGUCGCUGAAGCCAUAUGUUGAUUACUUCCGUACUUUCGUGCUGGCUUUGAUGAAGGAUGAGAAGGAUCCGAGAGUGAAGAGGGAGCGGGAUGAAGACUCGAUGGAGUUUUAG